AUGUCGGCUCUCUCCUCACCAACCGCCAUAUCCUCAUAUCCGAACCCUUCAGACUACCCGACGCAACAUACUAGGAGGUGCGGCGAUCAAGAGUCGCCGCCUUUGUCCAGUGCCUCCUCAAGUGCUUCGUCCGCGUCCGAAUCAGAGACCAAUUUUGAAUCAACUUUCAGACCAGUGUCCAGAAAGAGUCGCUUGGAAAGGCCAAGAAUGUCUGAAAGACAAAGAUCGUCCUCGAUUAUCAUACCAAAAGGCAAUGACACAUACCAAAGAGAAAAGCCAAUAUACCCACCUGAUGAUGCACGAGCAAUGAGCCCACGACGAAACAGCGCAGACCUGGAGCGUUUGGAGUUAGGCGUAAGAAGAAAGCUACAGGAUCAAGCACACACAUUACAAUCGUCGCUACAGGCAUUAGCUUCUAGGAUCGACGAAGUUCGACUCGACCACGACAGAUUAGAGAACGAGAAUCGCCUAUUACAAGAAUAUAUUGGCGGCCUGACCCGAUCGAUGUCGAAGGACAACAAUCUGGGACGAAGUUCUAGCACAAGGAAGGGGAAGAAAUGA